AUGGCGGCAGAAUCUUUGUGUGUACAGCCCUCUGCUACUGAUUCUUCGACUUCUCGAUUAAAUUAUAUAUUUGGAGGGCCUAAAUGGAAACCUCCAAUUGCUACAGCGUUUGUAGUUAGGAAGUUCAGUGCAAGAAAAAGGAUAGAAGAUUCGAUUCUCCGUGCAUGGAUGUUAGCUCCAAUAGCCUUGGAACAUGAAGAAGCAAGACAUUUUAAGCAAGAAGAAAUUAUUCGUGAUCAUGACUUGUGGGAUGACCCAGGGAAAUCGAAUGAAAUCCUCAUCAAACUAGUCGACAGUGCCAAGGUGGUUGAUGCCUUUAAAGACCUCAAAUAUAAGACAUGGGCAGUACAACUCAUUCGAAUGUACAUGAAAUGGUCUAAAAAUCAAGGUCAUGCUGUGAGGUUAGUUGAGAGAUGUCUUGCAAAGGAUGGAGGUAUCAAGUCAGCAACAAUUGAAUGCGAAUUCAAAUUUGCUUAUGGCUAUCUAUCAGGGGAAAGAGGUGUUCACCAAAUAAUUGAAAAUCAUAAGAGUGAAUUUAAUUACCCUGAGGCUAGCUUAGCGGUUGUGGAUGUGAUUCCUUUAUUCCUUGAAUCAUUACCCGGACUAUUAAUUGAUAACGAGGAUCUACUAGUCUACUGCUCAUCGUCUUCCAAGAAGCCAGGCAAGAUUUCUUCAUCAAUUUCCAUUCAGCAUAUUCCAACUGGUGUAGAAGUCCAAUCAGCAGGUUCUUUGGAUAGAAGCAAUCAAGUGAUUACCGAAGAUGAGCCAAAUAUCACUAAAAACACCUCAAAAAGAAAAUCUAAGGGGUUAUCAAGUAGUAAGAUUGUCCAAAUUACAGAUGAUGAUUUGGAGGUUUCUGGAACUAAAAGGACAUAG